GGCCCGCCCCCGCCGGCCCCAGGGAGCAGCCGAGUGCGUGGUCCCCCCACCCCGACUUAUCCUAGGGGCUUCAGUCCUAGGCGCCGCCCUACAGACCCUGGGCCGGCGCUGGGUGCAGACACCUCUCCGCGCUUUCCUGUGCGUCUUUGUGUCUGUCUCUGUUGUCUGUCUGGCUGUCUCCGAGCUGGCCUCCACUUCCCCGGAGUAAGCCAGCGUCCCACGGUCCUGGGCACGUUUCCCAUGGCAGGCUACUUGCCCCCAAAAGGCUACGCUCCUUCGCCCCCACCUCCCUACCCAGUGACUGCUGGAUAUCCGGAGCCAGCGUUGCAUCCUGGGCCCGGGCCGGCCCCGGUGCCUGCCCAGGUGCCUGCCCCUGCUCCCGGCUUCGCUGUCUUCCCUUCACCAGGCCCGGUGGCCCCAGGGUCUCCUGCUCCUUUCUUGCCACUGCCAGGGGUGCCUUCUGGCCUUGAAUUCCUAGUGCAGAUUGACCAGAUCUUGAUUCACCAGAAGGCUGAACGACUGGAGUCGUUCCUAGGCUGGGAGACCUGCAAUAGGUACGAACUGCGCUCCGGGGCUGGGCAGCCCCUGGGCCAGGCGGCGGAGGAGAGCAACUGUUGUGCCCGUCUGUGCUGUGGCGCCCACCGGCCGCUGCGUGUCCGCCUGGCGGACCCUGGGGAUCGCGAGGUGCUGCGCCUGCUCCGCCCGCUCCACUGUGGCUGCGGCUGCUGCCCCUGCGGCCUCCAGGAGAUGGAAGUACAGGCGCCUCCCGGUACCACUAUUGGCCAUGUGCUACAGACUUGGCAUCCCUUUCUGCCCAAGUUCUCCAUCCAGGAUGCUGAUCGCCAGACUGUCCUGCGAGUGGUGGGCCCUUGCUGGACCUGUGGCUGUGGCACAGACACCAACUUUGAGGUGAAGACCAAGGACGAGUCCCGCAGCGUGGGCCGCAUCAGCAAGCAGUGGGGCGGGCUGCUCCGAGAAGCCCUCACCGACGCCGACGACUUUGGCCUGCAGUUCCCAGUGGACCUGGAUGUGAAGGUUAAGGCUGUCCUGCUGGGAGCCACGUUCCUCAUUGACUACAUGUUCUUUGAGAAGCGAGGCGGCCCUGGGCCCUCUGCCAUCACCAGCUAGAAGCCACUUCAGGGUGAGAAGAUCUUCACCUCAAUCAGGAUUCAAGAUGGUCAUGACGUGCCCUGGCCCAAGACCCUAAGAGGCGACUCUUUUCCUCACUUUACACUGCAAAGGACAGACAGGGAUGCCUGAGUGGCUGAGAGCCAUGGCAUCUGCUCCCUUCCCUUUCCUCUGGCCGCCGCCUCUGUGGCCCUCUGCAGGGUAUAUAUGAGAGACUUUCCCACCGUGCUCCCCAUCUCUCAGCAGACCCUACGCACACAGCCACGUCAGCUUCCACGCCUCACCUGCCCGCCCCUUCCCAUCCUCUUCCGAGGCCCCUGCACCACUGGAGGCCUUUGGAAUCCAGGACUCGGGCUUUACAACAGGGCUGGGGGAUGAAGGGCCAGCAGCACCAAAGAUGGCAGAUAAUGCUGCUGUUUCCCCUCUGCCAACUUUGCCAGUUUAGCCCAGUAUGGCACUGUGAGGGGAUUCCUGCCUCCCCAGCUAACAGCUGUAGAGGCUGGGCCCCAGUGCCAACUUCCUUUCCCCCUUGGGUCCUGCCACAGCUGGUGCUUGCUGCAGCUUCCUGUGCCUUAUUUAACCAUCCCUUCCUUCCCUCGCUUUAGGAAGGAGGCUGCGUCUUUAUAUGUUUAUUCAUAUAAACUUUGUAACUUUUUGAA